CAAUUGACAUGGUAGCAACAAAUCACCAUUCCUUGCUUUUUCCCUUGCGGAGAAAGAAUUCACGUUCUUUCCUCCCGCGACUCAAUUAAUUAAACCACCUCUUCUUCCUUCUUCGCUGUUUUUUCCCUGAAAUUUAAAAUAAUUAUUUGAAUGAUUUCUUCGAAUUUAUAUAUUUAGCUUUUCUGUUCAGAGACUGAUUCAAUUUUUCUGUUUCUAAAUUGGAAUGAUAGAAAGAAUUCAAAUCGGAAUGACGUACGGCCGGAGCUCUUCAUCCAUGAUUCCCAGCCUAGUGAGGAACGAAGUCCGGCAGAUCAUUACAAAAGAUCUCCUUUUUCGUUUGUGGUCGAUGUUUUCGCAGCAAAAGUGUUCAAUUAAGAGGAGAAAUUACAUUCUGAAUUAUGAAGAGAAUUCUAAGGAAUCAUUGCUCUCCAGUGAAGUUUCUCGCUUCCGGAAAGCUUCUUCUUCUUCUUCUUCACAGAAUCCGGCCACCGUUCCGAGUGGUUUUCUGGCGGUUUAUGUUGGAUCAGAGCUCCGGCGAUAUGUGAUUCCGGCAACUUAUCUGUCUGUACCUGAGUUUAGGGUUUUGAUGGAGAGGGCAGCGGAGGAAUUUGGGUUUGAACAAGAAGGAGGGUUGAAAUUUCCAUGCGGGGAAGAAGAUUUUGAGGAGGUUCUUCUCAAAUGUUUAGCGACAAAGGGGAAGUUAAAGAAAAAGGGAAAGAAGUAGUAGAGGAUGUGAUUUUACAUCUACAGCCUUAAUUUGAUUUGAUGUAGUUUAAAUGAUUGAUACUGUUUCAUUGGUAUAGAUCUGCUGGGAAAGAAAAAGAGAAAAAAUGUAGGUACACCAAUAGAAGCCAAUCUUUGUGUUCUCAUCAGUUAGGUCUUAUACGUAAACAUGUAGAAGGUAAUUGCCUUCUCGUGAAUCGGGUUCUAUCAUGUCCAUAUUGCUGAGUUUGUAAAAGGAUGUUUCAGGUUCCUUAGGUUUGAAAACUGAUACUUGGGGUUCUUAUUAACAAAUUUAGAGUUGCAAAGACGGUGGGUUAGCAUUACAAUUGCAUUUACGGGACGUCACAGGCAAAGGGAACAAAGGUGUGGUGGCAUUUGCAGAUGGGUUGCAGGAGAGGGACGAUCACAAUAGGUGAUGGUGAUGGGUUGGAGUUUGGGAUAUCCAAUCAGCGGCUUGCAGGGGUAAAAAUGAAAAUAAAUGUAUUUUUAUAACCCUAAAUAUACUUUUUGCAAACUCAGGCCACCUCAAAUGUAAUUUCCCUAAUGUUAAAAUUAGUUAGCGUUUGAUCUUUUGGGUACGUAUAUGGGCAAAUCAUGUACAAAUAUGCACCAUGAAGUUCCAUUUGUGUCCUAACAAAGGAAUUAUGUUAUUGCAGUGUCGUAAUGUUCGGAUUUGAAUCAACUCAACUCUUUCCCAA